GACGGGAAUGUUCCUGGUAUAAAAUCACUUAAAGUUCAUACAGAAGCUUCUAGUCAAAAUGUCUUCAGCGUUAAGUUCGGUUCUGGGUGUGCUUCUGGCUGCAUCCUUGGUGAUUAAACCUGGUCACUCGUUGGUCUGUGAGCUGUGCGUUUCCGAGUAUGGUUGGGAGGAUUGUCAGGUGCAGGCAGCAUCAUGGGAAUGCAGCCACGAGACGGUUAUGGAGCUGCAUGAGAUAUUCGCUGAGGCCAAUCCGAAUUUGAUUACGGCUUCCGAUGGACAAAGUGGAUUCAAGUGUUUUCAACUGCAGCUAUUCCAAGGAAACGUGAGCGCUUACAUGAAAGGUUGCACCUUUAAGGAAGCUGAUAUUUGCAAUGGGUGGCUGUUCGGAGUAAAGGAAUGUAAAACCUGUAACAGUGACCUGUGCAAUGUGGGCUCUAAAACAAUGUCAGCGUCAGCGCUAGCUCUAAUAGUUUCUGUGCUAUUGUUAAGUUUGUUUAAGUGAAUAAAAUCGAAAAUUCUCAUA